UCCCCGGUGGAUGACGCACGGGCGUUCGCGGGAGAAAUUCGAAAGUGUAUCCUGUGCGCUCGGGCCGAGGGACGGAAAGUGUUUUUGCGGGGCUGAGGCGGAGAUAAACGCCGGGAUCGCAGCGUGCGGCCGCAUGGCCGGCCUGGGGCGGGGGGACGGAAGGACCUGCGGCAGCAGAGGCCGAGCGGUGGUAUAAACAGUUGAACAACCACUAUUUUCUGGUUUAUACAGAAGAAACAAUGGGAACCCAGGAAUUUGUUGUACUCUAUACUCACCAAAAGCUAAAGAAGGCAAAAGUGUGGCAGGAUGGAAUUCUGAAGAUCAGUCACUUAGGAAAUAAGGCCAUUUUAUAUGAUGACAAAGGACAGUGUUUGGAGAGUAUAUUUCUUAAGUGCCUUGAGGUGAAACCUGGAGAUGACUUGGAAGGUGACCGAUACUUGGUCACCAUCGAGGAGGUUAAGACUGCCGGGCCCGCCGCCCUGGGGCAGCCCGUCGCUAGAGCAGCCCCUGGCUUGGGGAGGUGCGUGUCCUCUGGCCGCGCCCAGGGAUGCCAGCCCGCUGGUUUAAAAAGGAAGUUUACUGGUUUUCAAGGACCACGUCAAGUGCCCCCCAAAGUAGUUGUUUCAGAAAAUAGGGAACUGGCUGCACCGCCUGAGGCUAAGGAAGCUGGGCCUUCGCUUCUUUCUUCACUUUAUGACACAUCUCCUUUGUUUGCUGUUGCUGGCCAGAAAGAUAGAAGCAGUGGGCCGGCAGUCGCUGAGAACACUGUUGCUUACGAGAACAGAGAGAGAAAUGGCAUGCCACCUUUUUCUUCAUCAGCCUUCAAGAGUCAUCCAGAAACGCGAGGUGACGAACAUGACUUUUGCCCUCCUGUCAGUCCUGAAAACAAGCGUUCCUUCCUGACUGACGGGCCCGUGAAACGAGAUGGUUUGUCACCUCCCCACGCAGGAGUCUCGCACAGCAUCAGAAGCAAAGCCCGGAUCUUGGCUCUGCUGAAGUCCCAGCCAGCCGGUGCGUGCAGAGCACUGGGUUCUGAACUUAGAGCACAGCCACAGGGCUGUGGCACCAUCCCUCCUCCGCCAGGGUGCUCGGCUGAGCGGAAGCGGCCAGAAGGUCUGCAGUACCCGCAGCCAUCGGGGAACACCGCGAGAAAAACAAGCCGCUGGGCCGUAUACUUGCCCGCACAGAGGUCACCUGAGCAGUCCCCAGCUGAAGAGGAAAAUGAGGCAGCAGCGAAGGCCGAGGUCCAGGACGGCAGCCUGGACAACGGGAGCGACGUCUGGGCACAGGAGGGGAAACCUUUCUCUGCAGCAUGGGCGGGAAGCGGCGGGGACGGUAAUGAAGACAGUCCAGUGGGUGAUCAUGAUCCACCCUGGGCUCGAGGAGGAGAGUUAGAGAGUCCUCCCGUCACAGAAAGCAGUGCUGCCCCUGUUACCUGUGGCCACGGCGAAAAUGGCGGCCUUCUGUCAGAACCUGGCACUCAAGAAGAGAGUGAAAUACGUGUUCAUCAAAGCAACCGGAUGUGCCUGGGAGAAUCACUUCUCAUUCGAGAAAAUGCUGAGGAGAGAAGCAGACAUGGAGGACGCGAAGAGGAGUCUGAGCAAGGGCUGGAACCGGAACAUCUACCGACGGAUCCCUCCCUCAGAACCAAUGCUGGGCUCUCUGAUGACAUCACCCACGUGUCUUCUGAAAAUAACAGUGAUAACGAAGAUCUUAAUCGAAUUUCUGAAUUUAGGGAUAAUGCCGAGCAACCGCUGGUGGAGGUGACGUUUAAUCUGAACAGUUUUGAAGCCAGUGACACUGAGGGGGAAUCCGAGGGGAGCCACACAGUGCCCCAGGACGCAGAGGAUUGGGGAGAGGAAGCCUCAGGGACCGAUGAACAUUCCGGCCGUCAAAGGCGACAGGGUGGAAGUUGUGAAGGUGCUGGCGGUGCACAGCUGCACCUCCUCAGGUCCGAGAGGGGCGAACCAACAGAGCCUCUCUCCCAGUUUUGCGAUAGAACUCGUGUAGGCUUCUACCCAGGACCCUGGAAAGCUGGGAAUGCUGGGAAAGAAAUAGAGCAGGAGUGUAGUGACACAUUAAGCAAUUUUGACUCAUCUUUAGAGUGGCCGGAUGAUGAAAAUGUAGAUAAUAAAGAGGCCACUCCGUCUAAAGCCAGCAUUCGUAAUGCCGUUGCUGCACUUCCAAAUACAUCUAAAAAGACUGAAACAAGUUUACUGACGCCUCACUUUUCCAGCAUUGCUACUAAUCAGCCUCCUAAAAACAAUUUCUUUUCAGAACAGGCUCAGUCUUUUGUUUGGGGAAAUGACUCAGCUGUGAACGAUGAACAGGUUUUAUUCCCAUCAACUUCUAGCUGUGAUGAGCGUGUCCAGCUACUGAAUGUUAAACAAAAUCAUUUUGAAGAACGUGUUGCCCUUGGAGAAUCACAUACCCAAGCUUCCAACCCUUUUUUUCACCCUCUGGGAACAAGGAAUCCUAUUUCUAAAGACACAGAGGCACACAUUCCUGAAUCAAAAAAUUUGGGAAGGAUUCAAAAGUCGCCCCAGGAUCUUACGGAAGUAGAAACUGCUGGAGAAAAACAGUAUUCAAAUAGUUCUAAAAAUCUUUUGGAACCUUCUGGAUUCAUAAAUGACAUUUGUCUCUUAAAGUCAUUGUCUGAACACAGUACAGCUUUGGAAGGCCUGGAGAUAAUGCAAAGGAGAAACACUACAUUUAAACAGCAGCAGGGUCUCCGGACAGCCAAGCCACAGAGCUAUCCCGAAGGUUAGAGCCACUUUGGACUGCUCUGCCCCUUUCCUUUCCAUUGGUGUGAAUAUUUGAACUUGACCUUAAUUAAUUUAUUUUUAAUGCUUAAGAGCAUAUUACAUUUCCUUUUUUUG